ACCAACCCAAGGAGGAUAUAAAAAACGAAGAAAAAGGAGGAAAAGAAAAAGAAAAAUCAGAAGGCCAGACCACCCCCAAAACCUCCUCGUUGGCCGUCCAGUGCGGCGGAGAGAGAGAGGGAGGGAGGAAGGAGGCCGCCGCGCGAUGGGGGGCGACCUGUACGCGCUCGACUUCGACGGCGUCCUCUGCGACAGCUGCGGCGAGAGCUCCCUCUCCGCCGUCAAGGCUGCGAAGGUGAGGUGGCCAUGGGUGUUUGAGCAGGUCGACGCUGCCAUGGAGGAGUGGAUCGUGGAGCAAAUGUAUACCCUUCGCCCAGUGGUUGAAACAGGAUACGAGAAUCUGUUGCUUGUCAGGUUGCUUAUUGAGAUUCGGAUACCCUCUGCCCGGAGAUCAUCGGUUGCAGAUGGGCUUAGCAUCCAAGAAAUACUGGAGAACUGGUUAAAACUGAAGCCCACAAUUAUGAGUGAAUGGAAUGAAGAUAGGGACUCUCUAGUUGAUCUCUUUGGCAGCAUAAGGGAUGACUGGAUUGAAAAUGACUUGUCUGGUUGGAUAGGUGCUAACAGAUUUUAUCCUGGAACAGCCGAUGCAUUAAAAUUUUCAAGUUCAGAAGUCUACAUAGUCACUACAAAACAGGGCCGAUUUGCUGAAGCACUAUUAAAAGAAUUAGCGGGAAUAGAAUUUCCCUCUGAAAGGAUAUAUGGGCUUGGCACUGGGUUGGUGCAGUAUUUUUUUUAUUUUUUAUUUUCACCUGUUAAUCAUUUUAUUGAAUCCGUGAGUUUAUGCUCCAGUCCAAAGGUAAAAGUUCUCCAGCAACUGCAGCAAAUGCCACAGCAUCAAGGCCUGACACUUCACUCCUGUGCUUGCGCUGGAGAGCUGGCCACUUCCCCAGUCCCCACUGCUGCUGACCUCCGACUGAUCCUGCACAAGCUUCACUCUGUAUGUGAGCUUCUGCGGAUGGCGAUGGAAGGGAACUAUGUGGCGGCAAUGGGGAUGCGAAGGCUGGAGAACUCCAUGACCUUGAUGCCUUGAUGGUAAGCGCACUGCUGGACAGGAUGAAGGCUGUGAGCUUGGAGGCGGAGGAGCUGUUGCUGGUGCCUCUAGUGUUGAUGAGGAGGUUAGGCCAUUGGGUUUCACCAGGUAGGAAUGGACGGGCACAUGAGGCCCUAUGUGGGUCUUGGUGAGCAAUAAUUGAGCUGGCGUCGGCUCAGCUCAGGCUCUGAUGGUGUUGAUCAAGCUCCACUGCAACCACCGGACAGCAAUGGUCCUGCUUCGCUAAUCGUCACCUCUUCUUUCUAGACCGAGCUCCAAGUAACUUUCUUCCCCUUGGCUUGAGCUCCACCUUGGUCAGCCAGGUUGGAAGCAGUCAAGCACAUGGAAGCCAGAGGUCCACAGUGCCAGCCCAAUGGCUGUGGGUAAGCCAACAAGAGGAGGUUCAGUGCUGGAGGAAGGAGAAGAGUAAACUUGAUAUUUUGCUAGGGUAAAUGUUAUUAGUUAAUGAAAGGAUUUGCACCAAAUUAUGUGGCAAAAGAGCAAAGCCGAUGAAGUGUGUGGCAAAUAUAAGUACGCCACUGACCUUUGUGGCAAAGGAGCAAAUUUCUCAAAAGAACGAUGUUCCCUUGUCAGAUGACAAUAACUUUGUAAAUCAUAUUUUGAACUAUUUAGAUAUAUUGUUUACAAAUGUAUAACAUGGACAA